CGAGCUGCUGCACUUAGCGGAGUGCACAGUGUUUUACACGGUUAAAAAAAACAAUACACCGGCAUGGAAUUGUUGCCGAGCGGAUUUACAGCCACGGAGCUUGUCCGGUGAGCAGGUCUGCAAUCCCUCGGCACUUUUUGUGUACGCAGACAACCCGGGAGACGUACAGUUUUUAUUCACGCACCGGCCGCGCAGCAUGUCCCAGUCGGACUAAAAGAGGCGACCCUGCUGGGAGCGCAACACGGGAACGCCGCUGAGAGCCGCGAGGAAUAUUUACAAUAGAAACUCAAUUCCUUUUGGAGAAGAAUAGCAAAGGGCAGCAGGAGGCGGAGGAGUGAAAGACAACACUGGAAUGAAGUGGACCUCGGGAUUCCCAGCGUGCUGCGGAGUUGUGAUUGAUGGAUGAAUGUGGCCAUCUGUAGGCUAUAUCCAGCGACAGGUACAGGGACAUUCAGGGGAGCUUUGACAAAGACGCUUCCUCGGCAGCCGCAUCGCCCCCAAUUGUGUCCCUCUAAAAAAAAAACUGCACUGCACGUCAGAUCUCUCCAAGAAGGUUGACUCUUUUUUUCUCAGCCACAGGUCAAGCAGGACACUGCUUCUUCCCUCCUAGAUCCGACCAAGAACCGGCGGAUAGUUCAGUCAAGGACAUCAGAUCUGGAGCAGGUUUUAACAAAAAGGUCUGACAGAAGGACAUGUAUCUGAUAUCGACCACACAUGCUCCCGACUGAUCGUAGCUCACCUCCCCGCAGAUAACGCGCUCCGUCCGACGCUCCUGGUUAUCGGCUCACUGUCUUUUCGCUGUACUCAGAUCAGAAUGGCGGGACUCGGGUGUUGGAAGUAUUACCUCUGGAUCUUUAUUUUAAUGUGCAGGUCGGCGCUACCUUCAGCCAAAUCGAUGGAGACUAUCAUUUGGAGCUCGCAGAAUUCCAGGUUUCUGAUGGGUAAGGGUCUUGUGAUAUACCCAGACAUCGGGGACAAGCUGGACAUCAUCUGUCCCAAAGCGGACGAUGGCAGAGAGUACGAGUUCUACAAGCUGUACCUGGUGAAGAGGGAGCAGGCGGACACCUGCAGUACAGUCCUCGAUCCCAAUGUCCUGGUCAACUGCAACAAGCCCGAGAAGGACAUCAAGUUCACCAUCAAGUUCCAGGAGUUCAGCCCCAACUACAUGGGCCUGGAGUUCAAGAAGAACGUCAACUACUACAUCACCUCAACCUCCAACGGUACCGUGGAGGGCCUGGAGAACCGUGAGGGAGGCGCGUGCAAGAGUCGAGCCAUGAAAAUCGUCAUGAAAGUCGGGCAAGUCCCGAACGCAAACCCUGCGGCGCCGGAGGUUCCAGAAGACAACGCCAUCCCAGAGUCCAGUCCCAGUCCAGCCGACAAGGGACGAGUCGGCCCUGAGAUGCCAGGAAACUCUGACACCAUGAAUCAGGACCAGUCCGGUUCUUCGGGCAACUCGGACAGCUUCCUCAGCUCCAAAGUGGCCUUGUUCUCCACCAUCGGGGGCGGCUGCAUCAUCUUCCUCCUGCUCAUCCUCCUCCUCAUCAUCUUGCUAAUCAAGAUGCGCAAGCGCUCCAGGAAAAACGCCCACUCGCAGCCCCGCCCCUCGGCGCUGUCACUCAGCACGCUGUCCAAUCCCAAGAUGCCCGGGGGCACGGCUGGCACGGAACCAAGUGACAUCAUCAUUCCGCUGCGGACAGAGAACAACUACUGCCCUCACUACGAGAAGGUGAGCGGCGACUAUGGCCACCCCGUCUACAUCGUCCAGGAGAUGCCGCCGCAGAGCCCCGCCAACAUCUACUACAAAGUCUGACGAGCUCCGCACAGCCAGCCACACAGCCGGGAGGGAGAAUGAGAGGAGCGCUUGAUUUAUGUUCUCGGGAAUGACACUUUCCUUUGCAUUUUGGGGACUUGAUGCUUCUUCAAGCCUGUGUUAUUUCUACCACCUGCUGCACAAAUCUGGAGAGACACGCACUGACAUGGGGUCACGAGCUGACUGCUGAGAAAGGUUUAUUCCGUUUGUUUUGGGGUGUCUGACAAUCCCCACCUGCCCCUCAUCCUCCCCCUCACCACCUUACUACCUUCUAUAUCUCCCCACUGUGCUCCAACAAGGGGGGGAGGCGGGGCUGGAGCGAACCAACAGAUGGGACUCCAGCUUCCUGGUCCGCUGUCCCCUUUAACGGGCAGGAUAUAACUUAUCUCAGUUCCCUGAAGUACAGAAUGUGCAACACCCAAUUAAACACACCACGGCAGCACACUAGCCAGAAACAGGCAGACAAAGGCCCCAAAAGCCACUCAGCCUGCAGUUCAUGUGCAAGCGUUAAUAAAACGUGUGUAUUUGUGUCUGCGUGCAUGUGUGUUAGUAGUCCGGGCUCCGUGCUGGGCCAGGAAACUCUCCAGAUAGCUCAGGUAUCAGACAUAGUGUGUGAAAUAACGUGUUUCCUCUCCCUUCGCACCUCUGAUGUUUGCCUUACUUACUAUUUUUGAUGGAGGAUUUCCUUGAAAACCCUGAUUCAGUUCACAAAGCAGUUGUAUUUUGUUAGACUUUUCCUACAAGUGCACAAUGUAUAGAGUUGAAUAGAUCAUCAUUAUAACUCCAUCUUAUCACAACCACCACCCACGUCAUCCAUCGAGUCAUCCAAUAUUUUUUCCCGAGAAAACACCCUGACCUGGACUGUUGAUGUCGAGGUGUGUAUGUGUAUCCUGGAAGAACUCCCUUCUCCGCUGGUCUGAUAUCAGCUUUAUCAUUACUCUGGUAUUUAUGACCUACUUGUGUGUAUUUAAAGGUGUGUCCUCCACGUGUGUCUGUGUGGGGGUCCGGGCAUGUCCAGACCAGUCCUGUAUCUGGGCAGAAUUACUGGCUUAGAGGAAGAACACUAAGUUACUGUAUCGUAAAAGUUCAAAAACAGACAGACAGACAGACAUGCUGACAUGCUGACAGACAGACAAUCCUGAGAUCUUAUAAAACCCUGCCGCCCUGUCAGUGCUCCAGUUGGCACCCAUCAAAGGUGUUUUUGAGCUUUAGGGUAGAUGUGUAUCGAGACAGCAGGCAGGUUGAUAUUUGUUUGUUCUGUCUUCUGAUGCUCCGGUGUAACAUCAAACGGUUAGAUUGGUGCCUGCUGCUGCCUGGGCGGGGUGGGCGUAGAUGGCACUGAUUGGCUGGCCUACAUAGGUAGGACGCCCUAUGAGUUGGAUAGCGAGCUACGGCCGAACAUUGGGAUACAGUAUUGCGAGAGGCCAAUUGGCUGCCAUCUGUAGAUGAGUCAGUGGUGUUGCCAGCGUGUGAGUAAUCUAUGUGCCAUCUCUGUGCCCACACUCACCAGCCCGGGGAAAAGUGAGGAGAAAAUGUUCCUGUGACUUGGCUAUAACCUGAGAGGAAGAUGGCAGUGCAGAUGGGGAUAAGGGGUGGGGGUAGUGAUGGUGGACGGGUGGGUAGAGGUAUUUUAGCAUUCAUUUUUUCCAUCCUCUCCCCAGUUGUGCCGUGAAUAAAAAUGCUGUGCAGAAUGUUCCUCAGUCAAGGUGUAGAGCCGGCGAGGACACUGCAGCUCAGCUAUCUCACAGCCCAGGGCAGCGGCACCGAGACAGGAUUUACUGCGGCUGGAUGUGUGCAAAACCGAAGCUUGCUUUAGGUGGCGGUGGAACCUGUCUAUGUGCACAUGUAGAUGCUUUCUACGAGCUCAUUUUUGCUUAUAAUUGCAGUUUUUCUGCAUGUGUGUUUGUGUGUAUGAAUGCAUCUGUGGUGUAGCAGCCCAGCAGAUUUGUUUUUUGGGGACUGGAACUCCUAACUGUGGCUGCCAGAAUACGGAGCGCCGCAGUCCCGGUUAAUGAUGUGUGAGAGGAGAGGGGAGCAGAUAAGGACAGCUAUUCCUCAGCACGCACGCUCGAGCUGACGUUUGACGCACAUGUGCAAUCACACGCACAGACAGGCCGAGACUGACGGGUCCAGGUUUAUCUCCAGUCAAACGGUCAGGCUGCCUGGUGAAUGUUUAUUCCCCAGCAAAGACACCAAUCACCCGCUGCCACAUACUGUUGCCAUCCACAGAUAUACACUGCUGAGUUAAAAGGCAGCCCUGCUUGAAGACUCCGGGAAGACUCCAGUGGCUUUUGCGUGUCGUUAACCUCGGAGUUAACAGCCUAAACAGCUGCUCGUGCUUUUGUGGUCCUGUGUUUUAACUCAGCAUGCAGCCCUCAGCGGCCCUCUGUGAAACACAUUUAACUCAAAUAUUUUUGUUUCGGAUCGGUGCGCAUCCAUUCACCUACACCAGCCAAGGGAGUCAUUACCAAAUUACCACCAUAUUUCAUUUUUAUUCAUACUAGUGACCACUCAAUGUUAUUCAAUUUGUUUUGGGGAGAAAAAAAAAAGGGAUAAAUGAGACAACAGAGAAAUGUAAAUAUAUGGAUAGAGCCCAAUUUAA